GCUAGUGGAGAACUAAUAUAUCAAGGAAAUCUUGAUGGAUAUGAUCACAAACCUGUUAUUGCUUUUGCUACUGCUGAAAAACCACGUAAAUUAAAAAAAAGAAAUGGCCAAGAAUAUGAGGUUUUUCAUGGCAAUCAUGAAAAGACAUCACGGCAAAUGGAACAUGCAAUAUUAUUACGAAUUAUUGAAAAAAUUGUUCCAGUAUUAGAAGCAGCUGAAGUACUUUUAGAUAUUGGAGUAGAUGGUGAUCUAAAUUCAAAUAAGACUUUAAAUAAUAUUCCAUGUGUGAGCAAAGUAUAUGCGGAUUUAAAACAUAUUGGCAAAAAUAUUAGAGCAAAGAUUGCAAAAAGUUCUAUGUGGAAAGAAUAUGAAAAUACAAUAAUGACCUAUUACAAUUCAUGUGUCUAUGCAGCAAGUGGACGAAAACUUGAUGAAAAUAAAAUUACUGUAUCCGAUGCUGAAUUAGAAAAAGUACAAAUUGAUGGUCUUGUUGCUCACCUUUCAGAUGAUCAUAGUCUUUGUUGGGAUGAAGUAUGUUGGAGAAAAGAAAAUCCUAAUAUUCAAUUAAAAGCACCACAUUUAAAAGAAAAUACAUCUAAUCAAAGAGAGAAGUUUCGUCAAUUUCUCAAAGAAUGCUUUUAUAUACCAACAAAACAGAGCUUAAUUACUCACAUUAGAACAUCAUAUAAUGAAGCAUUCAACCGAGUUAAAUUAUGCUUUCAAGAUAAAAAAAUUGAUUAUUGGAAAACCUAUAGUACUCGACAUGCUCUAGCUGUUCUUCAAUAUAACAAUGGUCUGUUAAAUAUGCUGAAAAUUGCCCGAUCAGCAUGUAAUAUUCCAUAUUUUUCUGAAACUGAUGAGAAAAAUAUUAGUAAAAUAGCCGAAGAACGAAAAAAACAAAACCAAAGAAAUUCUAAUGAUAUUGCUAAACGAAAUGAAGAACGAGGCAAAAAAAUCCAAGAACAAAAAACUAACUUGGAAACAUUUGAUUGGGAUAAGGAUUUUGUACCUUAUGGACGUAAUGUUCAAGAAAAAAUCAAAGCUAAAGAAUUUGAACCUACAUUUGCCAAACAUAUACUUGAUUUUGAAAAAAUUCAGAAAUGUUUGGCUUGA